GCGAUUGAUGCUCCGGGAUUAUUUUGAUUGACACUAAUUUCACUGUUUCCUUAAUUAGUUAUCUAAGAUCAACCGUAAUCUCCAUAUCGAACGUUUGUGUCGACAUACUUCGCAACAAGUAAUAAACUUACAUCGAGAAUUUCAUAGCACCAUUCGAAAUAAAGGCAAUGGUGCAGAGCAAUCAAAAGGUCUAUAAUCUCCGGAUCUUGCUGUUCGUCGCUGCUCGGAUGUCCUGUCUACAGAUGUCAAUUGGAGCCUCGUUCAGUCUUUUCCGGCAGCCCCAUGCUGCCACAUGUGAUUGCGUGAAUGUUGGCGUGCUUAGCAAUAAUAGCUGGAGUAUAUCUACUAAUGAAAAGACUGAACAUUCCGCGUUUGCUGCCAAGCAGAAUGAGGUGCAUAUAGGAUUCCUCGCUGGAUAUGUGCACUCGAAGGUAAUCUUAGGUGCAUUGGUGCUGGCCAUCGAAAACAUUAACAACGAUAGCUCGCUGCUUCCUGGAAAAACGGUAAAGCUGAAACCCGUCGAUAUUGGGGCUCAGAAAUCAUUGAAAGCAUAUCCGAUCCGUAAAAUGACCGAAAUGCGUGACGAGGGAAUAGCAGCGUUCAUAGGACCGGAUGAAACAUGUACGACGGAAGCGUUGGUGGCCUCUGCUUGGAAUAUUCCAAUGAUCUCAUAUAAAUGUGCCGACGCAGCUGUUUCUGAUAAAACUGUCUACAGCAGUUUUGCUAGAACUUUGCCUCCAGCAACGAAAGUUUCGAAGAGUGUGGUCUCCUUGCUACUAGCCAACAAUUGGUACUGUUUCACAAUAGUGGCUGGCAAACAUCCUGCCUGGAGUAUGGAAAUAGCGAACGCUAUUACGGUUCAAGCUGAAACUAAUAACCUGACUGUCAAUCACUUCCGAGAAUACUCCGAUUACAUUCCGUCGAAAAUUUAUAAACUGCAAAACAUAGUGGAUGAGACAUAUCAGACAACGAGAAUUUACAUAUUUGUUGGAGAAUAUAUCGAAAUGGUAGAUUUCGUGCGUUGUAUGCAGAACCGCAACCUGCUAAGCAGCGGAGACUACAUGGUCAUAUCGAUUGAUGAUGAAAUAUAUGAUUCUGGAACGAAACGCAAUAUUUAUCAAGAAUACUCUGAUUUCUAUCAAAAAUAUAUUGGAAGUGCGAAGCAAAAAUUCCCAAAUCGAAAAAGGUACAGCUACAAAGAUAUCCAGGAGAGGUUGCAGGAGGCAUUUUUAUCUGUGCUCAGAAUUUCUCCGCUUUUCCCGCUGAAUCCGCAGUACAAAAAAUUGUGCCAUCGAAUAAAAUGGUAUGCACGACAGGAACCGUUUCAUGUGCCACUUCCAACAAAUCCGAAGAUAUUUCAAGAGAUACAGGUGCCGAUACACGCAGCUCACCUCUACGAUGCGGUGUUGAUCUACGCUCGGGCAGCGACCGAAGUCAUCCAAGGCGGAGGAGAUUUUCGAGACGGAAGACAGAUUAUGCGCCAUAUUUUCAGUCGCUCAUAUCAUUCGAUACAAGGAUUCGAUGUAUACAUCGACGGGAACGGAGAUGCGGAGGGUAAUUUUUCUGUCAUAGCACUACAGAUAGACGAGAAAGUUAACAACUCACUCAACAAGUCCAUGCAACCGGUGGGGAUGUUCGUGUACAGCAGCAACAGCACCCAUCUGCCAGAAUUUAAAUAUUUGAGCUCAACAAAACCGAUCAUGUGGGUAAAAGGGCGGCCUCCGUUGGCCGAACCGCCUUGCGGAUUUCACAACGAAAAAUGUCGUCCGAAGACCCGGGAUUGGCGAUACAUCACAGGAAUCACGGUGGCUGUCCUGUUCAUCACCAUACUGGCCGUCAUACUUUUCAAACAUUAUCGAUACGAGCAGACCUUGGCGUGUCUUCUGUGGAAAGUGGAGAUGAAGGACGUAACCAUUAUAAAUUCCCCGGAUAUGCUGUAUUGUAAUGAGUCAAAGAAGAAAUUGACACAGGUCUGCAGACAAAGUAUACUUACAGCAGGAGGAGAUUCAACAAAACGUGCCUUUACAAAUAUUGGUCUGUACCGAGGAAAUAUAGUUGCUAUUAAGUAUUUACACAAGCGAUCGGUAGAUAUCACUAGAACUAUACGCAAGGAACUGAAACAGAUGCGUGAACUGCGUCAUGAGAACUUGAUUACGUUCAUCGGUGCCUCGGUGGAUUCGGGCGCUGUUGCCAUACUGACUAGCUAUUGUGCACGUGGCAGUUUGGAAGAUGUUCUAGGCAACGAGGACCUAUCGCUGGAUCACAUGUUUAUUUCCUCGUUAGUUAGUGACAUUAUGAGGGGACUUAUAUAUUUACAUGAUAGCGAUAUAGGAUCUCAUGGACAUUUGAGAUCUAGUAAAAUAUUAAUAGAUUCGCGCUGGGUUGCUCAAAUAUCCGAUUUUGGAUUGCAUGAGUUCAAAUCUGCUCAAGAGGAACCUAAUAAAUUUGAAAAAGAACUUCGACGAUGUCUUUGGAAGUCACCGGAAAUCCUUCGUAAUCCACUUACUCCUUCCAAAGGUACGCAAAAGGGAGAUGUUUAUUCAUUUGGAAUAAUCCUCUAUGAAAUAAUGGGUCGCAAAGGGCCUUGGGGAGAUAUAUCUCUAGGAAGUCAAGACAUUAUUGCAAGGGUAAUAUCACCCCAGAACUAUGGAAUAUUCCGACCUCCUUUACGAGUACUUGAUGCUCCGGAAUACGUAAUCCAGUGUUUACAAGCUUGUUGGGAGGAAGAUCCUGAAGAUCGACCAGACAUUCGGUUAAUACGGGUCAAGUUAAAACCAAUGCAAGCAGGACUAAAACCGAACAUUUUCGAUAACAUGUUAGCGAUUAUGGAAAAGUAUGCCUACAAUUUGGAAGGAAUCGUGCAGGAACGUACCAAUCAACUUACUGAGGAGAAGAAAAAAACCGAGUCUUUGCUGCUGCGAAUGUUACCCAAAACUGUUGCUGAGUCGUUAAUGCGUGGUGAACGCGUCGAAGCAGAAUGUUUUGAUUGUGUGACAAUCUUUUUCAGUGAUCUGGUUGGUUUCACCGAAUUGUGCGCACAAAGUACUCCUCUAGAAGUGGUGGAAAUGUUAAACGAUCUCUACACGUGUUGUGAUUUCAUAAUUUCAAGCUACGAUGUGUACAAGGUGGAGACGAUUGGCGAUGCUUAUAUGGUUGUUUCCGGUUUGCCGAUUCGAAACGGAGAUCAACAUGCCGGAGAGAUCGCCUCGCUAGCUUUGCAUAUGCUGAAGUCUAUUUCGAAUUUGGAAAUUCGUCACCGCCCAGGGGAGUUCAUUCAAAUCCGCAUCGGAAUACAUUCCGGACAAUGCGUAGCUGGAGUGGUCGGACUGAAGAUGCCUAGAUAUUGUCUCUUUGGGGAUACCGUCAAUACGGCAUCUCGAAUGGAGAGUACAGGGGAACCUCUCAAAAUCCACACUUCAUCGGUGACGUACAAUUUGCUGAAAAAAAUGGGUGGCUUCAAAUUUGAAGAGCGUGGCAUCAUCAAAGUGAAGGGUAAAGGAGAUAUGAGAACAUUUUGGCUGGUCGGAGAGGAUGAUCAGAAAAAAAUUGAUCGUUUUGCUUCUAACAAUGCAAUGACCAAUUUAUCAUUAUCCUUUAUUCCGGAUUUAAUACAAACUCCUGGUCAGUCACAGUUCAACUUAGCUGAUUCGAUUCGUCAACUUGUUACACUUGAAAGUAAAGCAUAUCGACCUCAUCACAGUUGUAGCAAUCAGGAGCUUCCAGCGCAAAACAUUCCUGCUAACCUGGGAUGCUAUAUUUGCCAUAAACGUAAGAUUUGCCAACGCCCACCAGUAAUUCAUGAUGUAUCCCAAAAAAUUUCCUCUAACGGAGAGCUACAGGAAAGCCAAUCCAAUUAUAUUGACGAUACUGUUUGCACCUGUCGCCGACAGCAUUGUCUUCUAGAUUAUUAUAACGAUAACCUCAUGACAGUAAGAACCAUCCGAGAGCCUAGGUCGGCUCCUCUGAUAACAUUUAUGCAGUAAACGAAAGAAAUAAUUGUAUAACAGUUUUAAACUAAGCGGUUUCAAUGGAACAGUCACAGGACGCAAGACUAUAAAUGUGUUUUUG